UAUAAAUUCAUAAGCCCUAAAAUCGCAAAUUCGUUGAGCAAGAGUUGGGAAAAAAAAAGGCCAAAAAGUAGAAGCAGCGGGAUAGCUGCUAGGGUUUCUCUCUUCUGCAAUCUUCCUCCCCUAUCUUUGACAACAUGUCUCGUGUGUAUGUGGGUAAUUUGGACCCUCGAGUUACUGAGCGUGAUCUUGAAGAUGAAUUUCGCAGAUUUGGAGUCAUAAGAAGUGUAUGGGUUGCACGGAGGCCACCAGGCUAUGCAUUUAUUGACUUUGAUGAUAAAAGGGAUGCGGAGGACGCAAUUCAUGAAUUAGAUGGUAAAAAUGGUUGGAGAGUUGAGCUUUCUCACAACUCUAGAGGUGGUGGUGGUGGUGGUGGCCGUGGAGGAGGUCGUGGCCGUUCUGGCGGUUCUGACUUGAAGUGUUAUGAGUGUGGUGAACCCGGUCAUUUUGCUCGUGAAUGUCGUUUGCGUGUUGGUGGUGGUGGUGGUGGUGGUGGCGGCGGCGGCGGUGGAAGACGACGUAGUCGUAGCCCUAGGUAUCGUAGGAGCCCAAGCUAUGGUCGAAGGAGCUACAGCCCUCGUGGACGAUCCCCCAAACGCCGCAGCCUUUCACCUCGUGGCCGCAGCUAUAGCAAGUCUCCACCGUACCGUGGUCGUGAGGAGCUUCCCUAUGCCAAUGGAAACGGUACAAGGGAUCAUCGCCGAAGCAGGAGCUGAGGAUUGCAACCUCCUCACAAGUAGCUAUGCUGGAUGCUAAAAUUAAGUGUGUUUAUUAUGUUUGGACUUCAUUACAUCUAUGUUUUAAAUGGGCAACUCCCUCAGCCUCUUGAUUUGGAUAAGUUUCUUAUACUUAUACUAUGUUUAUUACUUUUCUUAAGGCAUGCAAGAUAGUUUUAGGCAUUUUGCUGGAAGAACUUUCAAUAGGUAUUUUUUAUAAGUUUAUUGAGACAGAUUGUCCUAAGACUGGUGCUAAAUAUUUAUGCUUUUCUUUUUGUGUUGA